AGUGACAUGGGCAGAUAUCACACGAGUUAGCCACCGCUCAUAACGUUCCUAUCAUCAUCAAAAAGAAGACAGAAGUGAGAGCUAAACUAGUGGCUCGUUACUGCGUCUGCGCGGCAUGGCCCUAAUCUAGGAUUAUGGAGGCUUAUCUAAACUCGCUGUUUAUAAAGUAUGUUUUCGGUGGGAAAUUAGCUAGUCGUGGAUGGCACGACCGGAGCGACGCAUCGACGCUGGUGCUGCGAGACCGAGAGUAGUGUCGUGCUGAGGACGCCUUCCGCGACGAGCUGGCUGAGCGGCGCUCGUGACGCGGCUUACGGCUUAGCACGUGGCAGUGACUUUAAUCGGUGGCGGCCCCCAGGCGGCCCGUGCAGCCUCAGUCUCUCCCCGCCGCCCCGGUGAUCAUGUCCGCCUCCCCCGGCGUGCCUCUCCGCCUUACCCGGUGCCGCCGCCUCGCGUAGUCUUCCCCUCGCCGCCGCCUCCGCCAGCCGCCGCGGAAACCACCAAAGUUGAGCCGUGCAGCGACUCUGCCAGCGGCCGCCCCGAGCAGGGAGGAGGUGGAGGGGAGCUGCCUGCUGCCGCCCCGCCGUCGCCACUGACCUGACCCGACCUGGCCUCAGCGAUGGACUUUCAGAGCGCCAUGGAAACGUUUGCUGAAGCGUGGAUGGCCGCCAACACCAAAUCUCGCCCGGGCUCCUCCGACCACCAGCGGGAGGGGAGCGCCGAGCGGACCAACGGGCGGCCCGAGGAGGUCACGCCCCGGGAGACGGCCGCACACCUCACCAACGGGGACUCGCCAACCAGACAGUCCCCGGUGAUGCUGUCCCGGGAGCCCCAAGUCAGCCCCAAGCCCCUGUGUGUGGGUAACUCCCGUCUCAUACCUGUCCAACGCCACCUUUUAGCAUUUCAAGGCAAGAACAUUCCCCUGCACGUGGUGGUAGAGACGGUCCCGCUGUGUGGUAUGGGCGUCGAGGAGCUUCGUGGCCGGAUAGAAAUGGACAGUUACGCCCUCAUCCCCGCCCACACCCGCUUCACCGACCUCUUGCAGGCCGCCCUCGUCAAGCUGGGCUACUCCGAGGAGCUGACGCAGGCUAGAGGCCUGCUGCAGCUGAGGAACUGGCGCCCCCUGCCCCUGGAGACCAUCCCGGAGACGGAGGACAAAACGGUGGCCGAGGUGCUGUGUGACGUGGCGCCGCUCGCAACGCUGCACGUCCGCAUCUACAGCAGUCCGUGGAAGGUGCGCUGUGCUCGAGACAUCAAGGACCGCCUGCUGCGCCUCCUCCUGCAGCAGUCCCACCACCUGCUGGUGUCCGCUGGCUGCCCGCUGGACGAGAGUCUGUUGGCAGCGCUGAUUCGAGGCUCCGGCGAGGUGAGCGAGGAGUCAGCCCGCCAGUUCGAGGCGUGGUGGGCGGUGCACGUGUCCCGCCCCCCCGCCGCCCACGUCAUGACGCCCCCGCACCACGUCCACCCACGCCCCCACGCCCUCGAGAAGCUGCCCCCUGAGCCCCUACACCCGGCCAUACAGACCGUGGGUAGUCAGUACGGGCCGCAGAAGACACGGAUGCGCACAAGCUUUGACCCUGAGCUGGAGCUACCGAGGUUGCAACGAUGGUUUGCCGAGAACCAGCACCCGACCCGCCUGCAGAUUCAGCAGUACGUGGCUGAGCUCAACGCGCUGGAGUCCCGCCGUGGCCGCAAACCUCUUGACAUCAGCAACGUGGUCUACUGGUUCAAGAACGCGCGCGCGGCCUACAAGCGCCAGGAGUUCCGCACGUUCAACGGCCUCAAGUCGCCUCCGCCGCAGGACGAGACCAGCGUCAGCGAUAACGAGGAUGCCGCCGCCGCCUCCUCCACCGCCUCCGCCGACCCCUACCCCGGCCCCCCUCCGUCCCACCACCCCGCCGCCCCCUCUCCGCCCCCCUCCACCCCCCACGACCACCCCCACGCCCACCAGCAGUCACAGCAGCAACAGCAACAACAACAGCAGCAGCAACAACAGCAGCAGCAACAGCAAGUCAAGCAGGAGGAGAAUCAGGAGGAUGAGGAGUCGCGAGCGCCCGGCUCUGAUCCCCCCGAGAGCCUGCAGGGGCGUGGCCAGACGGCGGGCGGCAGCUCCGGUGGGCAGAACUCAGGGGGUGAGCGGUGCGCGGCGGAGAGCGACGUGGACAUGAGCGAGGACGAGGACGAGGUGAUCUCAAGGGACUGCGUCAGCGUCACUUUGGAGAGCAAGUGCUCCCCGCCACCCGUGGUGUCGCCUGGGGCCCUCUCCCUGCCGCCGUACCCGCCGCUUACGGGCCUAGGCCAGACGGGCAUGGAGCGGCUGCCCUACCCGGUGGUGCCCAGCUCGUUGCUGCAGCACUCCAUGAUGUACAUGGCUCACUACAUGCCGCAGGUGUCGCCAUUUUCCGGCGGCCUGGGCAGCAGCGGACCGCCGGAGGAGCGUCGCAAAAGGAACCGCACCUUCAUCGACCCCGUGACGGAGGUGCCGCGCCUGGAGCAGUGGUUCGCCAUCAACACGCACCCCAGCCACAACCUCAUCCUCAAGUACACGGAGGAGCUCAACCGCAUGCCCUACCGCCAGAAGUUCCCGAAGCUGGAGCCCAAAAACGUUCAGUUCUGGUUCAAAAACCGGCGCGCCAAGUGCAAACGGCUGCGGGUGUCCAUGUGAGGCGUGCCGUGGUAGGCUGCGCCGCCACGCCGACACGCGGGGCGCUGAGUGACGCGGCGGCGGCGGCGGCGGCGGCGGCCUCGUGCCUCACGCGGGCUCAACGUACGGGUCGUAGCAGCAGACGCUUGAAGGGCAGUCCCCGCCGCCUGCGGGGCAAGGAGCCGCCGCCACCCUAGACGACCCUGGCCGAGCAAGAGGAGGAAGUUUCGUCUCCCUCACGGGGACGGCGGGGCAGAAAGAAGCGGGAGGGUGGCGGCGCGGCGCCGCGACACGCCACCGACACUCAUGUUCACGGCGCCAAAUUGUAUCCUGUGACUCGGCUCAUUAGUCAAAUGAAUAAUAUAUUUGCCAUUAUGGCCGCGGUAUUAGUGCAAUAUAUUCUGAGAGGAACUCAUUAUUUAACAAACUGUGGCGAGGCCUCACGCCUGACAAUGCUGGGAAGUGCUGGGCCUCACGGCGGGGCUCGACCUCCUGAGGCGGCAGGUCUGGGUGGGGCAGGGCGGGCGGUGUGUCGGGGUGCGGACCGGGGGUGGCACCCUCCUCCCCUGCGGUGGACGCUGCCGUUCCCGGUACUGGCGGCACGGCGCCUUCGGUGCGGCAAUAUUCAACAAAAAGUUGCUGGAUCAUUGGUUUUUAGAUUUGAUUUACUUCAUUAUAAAACAAAGAGAAACAUCCCCGACAAUUAUUGUGCCGCGACAAGUCCCCGUAGUGACGCUCAACGCAUUUAACUCGCACCAAAAACACAGACGCGGGAAAUUAUUAAAGCUCGUCAUGCAGUAUUCACACUCGACGGGUAAAUCGCUAAGCCGACGCCCGUCAUUUAUGUAAAACUUAUUAUUUGUGGGACUUUUUCCUGCGUGUAGCGCGGCAGCCGUGGCAGGCCGCCCCGCGCCGCCACCCCCGGCCGCCGCCCCAACGCCCCGGCCCAAACAAUGUUCUCGUUACCUGGGCCACCACGCGACCCCGGCGGGGCGGGGCGGGGUGCGGCGGGGCACGCGGGGUCACGCCUCAACGCUAACGUGACAUCGACAUUUUUUUGGUGCGAGGCACAUGUCGCCGCCCCGCCGCUACCAGGCGCCCGGGCCCCAAGACUUGUAGGACUUGUUUGUCGCUGCCUCAAGACUGCGGCGCAGCGAUGCGGCGGCUCCUCGCGGCCGCCGCUUGUUCUUCUUGAUGAUAUUAAGGUACUUAGGUUUACGUCUGUGUCUGUUCCCCGGAGAGUGUGUCUUAUUUAUUUAUGUGUGUGUGUGUGUGUGUGUGUGUUGGGGGGGGCGGGGGGGGCAGGAUCUAGUCAGCAGGCGCCGCCUGGCCCAGCAGGGGCGGGCGGCGGAUGGGCCGCGCCCCCCUGCUCCGUGUGGCAACACUCCGGGUCGCCGGUGAGUCACGCCUUGGACAAGUAUCGGCGCGUGUGCCGUCGUAGUGUGUGUACCGGACGUGUAUAGUAAGGACGCUGUACCAGACAUGAAUAGUAAGAAAUACUCGUACAUUUGAUAUGUAUAAGUAUUUUUCUAUCGAGUGUAAUUAUUACGAUAAUUAUCAUUAUUCACCGCUGUUUGGAGAUGCGCUCCGCGGGGUGUGUGCUGCGGAGCGUCGUUCAGCAACCCUCGGCUCACGCGGCCCUGCAGUGACCCUCCCUCCCUCCCCCACCCGACCCCUGACCCCGCGUGUCCGGGGCCUCCAAUGCCCCGGGCCGCGAUCCUUCGUAGCUAUGAGCCGUUUCCCUCUGGUUAUUUGUGAUAUUUUAUUAUUAUUACUAUAUUUAUUAUUACUAUUAUUUUUAAUGUUAUUAUCAUUAUCAUUAUAACCAUUAUUAUUAUCGAUAUUAUUAUUAUUAUUAUCAUAGACAGCACUUAGCGUGUAAAUAAGAUUGUUAUAUAUUUAAAUGGUGUGUGUGUGUGUGUGUGUGUGUGUGUGUGUGUGUGUGUGUGUGUGUGUGUGUGUGUCAGGCACCCCCCAGCACGCCCCCCAACACUCAACAUUCAUACAUGAAGUCUUCUGGCCGGUCGUGUUAAAGAAUAAGUAAAUAAAUGAAAAACAGCAACUCCCAAACACCUCACAGGAUAAAAGGCAUCUUAAAUGAUUAUGAGGAUGACGAUGAUGAUGAUGAUGAUAAUGAUGGUAAUAAUAAUAAUAAUAAUAAUAAUAAUGAUAGUAAUAAUAAUGAUAAUAAUAAAAAUAAUGAUAGUAAAUAUGUUGAAGCAACAGAAAUAUAAUGUAAAAAGCACCACCAAUGUAAAAUAUAUUAAGCAAGAAGUGAAAUGGCAAAAAAAACACUUCUUUAAAAUUGUAUAUAAAAAUAAUGGAUUCUAAACUAACUACUUUGUGACAGAAACUUUCUAACCUACUCACCUGCCUACCGAGCUGCCUACUUACCGACCUACCUACCUUCCUACCUACCUACCUAUUAACCUAUCUACCUGCCUACCUACCCAUCUAUCUACCUACCUACCUGCCUACUUAUCUACCUACCUACCUACACACCAAUAUACCUACCUACCUUCUCCUUAACCUAUCAAACCUACCUUUCCAUACCUUGCCUAAAAUACUUACUUUUCCAUUCCUUACCUAACUUUGCUUUACCUUUUCUUACCUUACCUUACCUUACCUUACCUUACCUUACCUUACCUUGCCUUUCCAUCACCUUACCUUACCUUACCUUACCUUUCCUUUCCUUUCCAUCACCUUACCUUAAUUAGCCUUACCUUAUCUUACAUCACCUUAUUUUUUUUUUCUUACAUUAUUCUCUCACUCAUUCACUCACUCACUCACUCCUUUUCUCAUCCACUCCCUUCCUCCCUCCCUCUCUCCCUCACUUAUUCGUCCCCUUUUCACUCAUAUUCUCCUUCCCUCCCUAUUUCUCUCUCCUAAACUCCCAAACUCACUCCUCCCUCCCUUUCUCCCUCCCUUUCUCCUUUCUUAACCUCUUCACUCAUGCUCUCCCUCACUCCCUAUCUCUCCCAAUAUCACUCCCUUCUUUUCCUCCCUCUUGCUGUCCUUCCUUCCUUCUCUCCCUCCCUCCCUCCCUCCCUCUCUCCCUUUCUCCCUCGUUUCUGUCAGCCCACGAGUCCGCUACGAGUAUGUGUUGUGCUUGCAGUCUGUACAUAACCUGUUUGUUUUUUCUACGUUGAGUGUUGUAGGAGAGAGAGAGAGAGAGAGAGAGAGAGAGAGAGAGAGAGAGAGAGAGAGAGAGAAGGAACGUUUGUGUAAAGAUAUUCUAGAGGAUAACGUUUAGUAAGAGAACGUAAGUAAAUAAAUAAAUGAAUAAAAAGAUAAAUACGUACAUA